AGAUGUCUGUCUAACAUUUGUUUCAAUUUUCAUUUGUAAAAAAAUAAAAUCAAUUUUCAAUUUCGCAGUACAUAUUUGUAAAGAUUUUUAAAUAGUUAACAUGUGUAUUUCGUAUUUCGUUUACAUAUAAAUCAGUAAUUAGCUUAAAUUUGUUUAAAAAAAAUAAACUUUUUGUGCAACUUUUAUAAAAUAUUGCGGAAAUUUUUUGAACAUUUAUUAUUUGCCUGCAAUCAGUUACAACUUUAAGUUUCGUCAGCAGUUAUCUACAGUGAAAAUGUGUAAUUUUUUCGUGUUAUUAAUCAUUGUGGCAGCUAUUGUUACUACAGUUUUGGCUACCGAUUAUUGCUCCCCUAAAAUUUGCGGUGACGGUGUCAAACAUAUUGCUUGUGGUCACAGUGGUAACUUUGCAGCCUCCUGUCCAAAAGAUGCUGCUUUAGUCCAUUUUGAUGACAAGUUGAAAGAUGUCGCUGUUAAAGCUCACAAUGUCAAACGUAAUUUCAUAGCUGGUGGUGGUGAUGGCAAACACAGUCCCGCCUGCCGUAUGGCCACCAUGGAAUGGGAUGAUGAAUUGGCAGCCAUUGCCGAGCUCAAUGUUAAGCAAUGUACCAUGGCUCAUGACAAAUGUCGCAACACAGAUGCUUUCAGUUAUGCUGGACAAAAUCUGGCAUGGUUGGGUUAUAUGGGACAGGAAUCCGAUGCUUCGAUGUUGCAACAAGCAGUGGAUAUGUGGUAUAGUGAGAUAGAUGAUUGUAAAUUGGAAUAUAUUAAGGCUUAUCCACCCAACUAUAAAGGACCAGCCAUUGGCCAUUUCACGGUUAUGGUGACUGAUCGUAAUAUUCGUGUGGGUUGUGCUGCUGCUACUUACUCUGAGGUUGUCGAUGAUUUUAUAGCUUUUUCGGUUGCUUGCAACUAUGCCACCACAAACUUGAUUUAUUAUCCCGUUUAUGCCAGCUGCAUUAAGGCUGCAACUUCUUGUACGACAGGCGUUAAUCCGAUCUAUCCCAAUUUGUGUUCUACUGCGGAAGUUUAUGAUCUUAAAUAGUUUCAAAUGAUUAGGGGAGUCAUGCAUGGAUUUUUCAAUUAUCGUGGAUAAAAUUAAAUUUAAAUCAUUUAAGAAGCAAUACAGUUUUGUUAUAAUUAAAUAAAAUAACAUUUUUACAGA